UCUGUCCAGCACUGAAGUGAUGAUGCGCUUUGAGAAGUGCCUCAGCUGAGACCUAAGGAACGAUGCAUUUCCAGCUGCAGAUGCAGAAUUUUCUCCUGUGUGUGUCUAUAGUUCAGUUGUUCCUUAUGUUUCUUCCCUACUUGCUGGGGCUGCCCAGCAGGGCAUGAAUGAGAGCCUCUCUUCAUGACUGCCUGCUGCUCCCCCUCCUGCUCCCACCUCCUUGCAAAGCCUUCUCUUUCCUCUGGGCUCAGCCCCUCUUGCCUGUGCUCCUGAGCACUGCCCCUCCAGUGGGAGCUGCAGGUUUAUCUGGAGGCGAGAAGUCUCAUUUGUAAGCCAAGAUCCAGGGGGAGAGAAACGGUUUGGCUGCCCAGGAGUAAAAAGGAGAGACAGAGCCUGGGUACGAUGACUGUAUUCCCCACUCUUGGGCUUCUCUUCCUUUGUCAGCUAUUAGCCGCAACAUCAGCUCAGAGAGUAGGACCACAAGGCCCUCCUGGACCCCGAGGACCCCCUGGACCAUCUGGCAAGGACGGCAUAGAUGGUGAGCCGGGCCCUCCUGGUUUGCCAGGCCCACCAGGACCAAAGGGUGCACCAGGAAAGCCUGGAGCAGCUGGUGAAGCUGGGCUGCCUGGCCUUCCUGGAGUAGACGGUUUAACGGGAACUGAUGGCCCUCCUGGCCCAAAUGGGCCUCCAGGAGACCGUGGUGCAUUAGGACCUGCUGGGCCACCUGGACCAGCUGGUAAAGGACUACCAGGACCUCCAGGGCCUCCAGGACCCAGUGGACUUCCAGGUGGAAAUGGAUUUCGGGGUCCUCCUGGGCCUUCUGGUCUGCCAGGAUUCCCAGGGCCUCCUGGGCCACCCGGACCUCCUGGUCUUGCAGGCAUCAUUCCCGAAGGCGGUGGGGACCUUCAGUGCCCAGCUCUGUGCCCACCGGGUCCUCCUGGUCCUCCAGGAAUGCCAGGCUUCAAGGGACACACUGGUCACAAAGGAGAACCUGGUGAAAUAGGCAAAGAAGGAGAGAAGGGCAGCCCUGGCCCUCCAGGUCCUCCAGGCAUCCCUGGCAGCGUUGGCCUGCAGGGCCCAAGAGGACUAAGAGGUGUCCCUGGUCCAAUGGGUCCAGCUGGUGACAGAGGUGACAUCGGUUUCAGAGGGCCGCCUGGAAUCCCAGGACCUCCGGGCAGAGCUGGAGACCAAGGAAUCAAAGGACCUCAAGGAUUCAGAGGGCCCAAAGGCGAUACUGGCAGACCCGGACCAAAGGGAAACCCAGGGGCUCGUGGGCUCAUAGGAGAACCUGGCAUACCUGGCAAGGAUGGACGGGACGGGGCUCCUGGACUCGAUGGUGAGAAGGGUGAUGCAGCUCGUAUGGGGGUUCCUGGAGAGAAGGGGCCAAACGGACUUCCUGGACUGCCUGGAAGAGCAGGGAUUAAAGGCUCUAAAGGUGAACCAGGCAGUCCUGGAGAGAUGGGAGAGGCAGGUCCCUCUGGAGAGCCAGGUAUCCCCGGCGACGUUGGUAUUCCUGGUGAUAGAGGUCUGCCGGGACCCAGAGGAGCAACUGGCCCCGUUGGUUUCCCAGGCCCCAUUGGAGCCCCCGGUGUCCGAGGCUUCCAGGGUCCUAAAGGUGCCAGUGGAGAACCUGGCCUUCCUGGUCCAACUGGAAUUCGUGGAGAGUCUGGUGACAGGGGUCCUACUGGUGUUAUUGGUGCCAAAGGUAACCAGGGCAUUGCUGGAGCAGACGGUCUCCCGGGUGACAAAGGAGAACUGGGUCCCUUUGGUCCUCCUGGCCAAAAAGGAGAGCCAGGAAAAAGAGGAGAACUGGGUCCAAAAGGUGCUCAAGGCCCCAAUGGGACAGCUGGAGCUCCAGGGAUCCCAGGACACCCAGGGCCCAUGGGCCAUCAGGGGGAGCAGGGCGUUCCUGGCAUCACAGGCAAACCAGGGCCUCCUGGCAAAGAGGCCAGUGAACAACAUAUAAGAGAACUCUGUGGGGAAAUGAUAAAUGAUCAAAUUGCACAGUUAGCUGCUAAUCUGAGGAAGCCUUUAGCUCCUGGGAUGACGGGGCGCCCUGGCCCUGCUGGUCCACCAGGUCCUCCAGGAGCUAGAGGAAGCGUUGGCCAUCCUGGUGCUCGUGGUCCCCCUGGGUACAGAGGGCCAACAGGAGAGCUUGGUGACCCUGGUCCCAGAGGUGACACUGGUGAAAAGGGAGAUAAAGGACCGGCUGGACAAGGAAUUGAUGGGCCUGAUGGUGAUCAAGGACCUCAAGGACUUCCUGGUGUACCUGGAAUCAGUAAGAACGGGCGGGAUGGAGCUCAGGGUGAACCCGGCCUUCCAGGGGAUCCUGGUACUCCUGGUGCUGUUGGGGCUCAGGGAACUCCAGGCAUCUGUGACACAUCAGCCUGCAUGGGAGCUGUUGGAGCAUCGACUUCCAAAAAGUCAUAAAGCAGUACAAGAAGUGGAGAAGUGACUGAAUAUUUAAAUAAACAGUGCAUUGUAAGAAAACAGACAAAUCUUCCUAGUGAUAAAUGGACACACGUUCCUUCUGUUAUUUUAAGUGGAGACUCUGACACAGUAAUUCAGUUGUAUGAAAAAGAAAGCAUCAGAUGAAAAUCGUAACUAAAGAUGCUUUAUGAGCAUUUUUUUCCUCCUCCCUCAAUACUUUUCCAGAAUUUUCACUACUAAAUCACCUCACCUUCUUCCCUGCCUCCCUGUGUUGAAGAGACCUGCAAGAGGAAGUGGUCCUUUUUACCAUCAUCUCCAAGCUGUACUAGUGCAGCUUUUCUGUACAAACGUUUGAGCCUUUGUCAAUUGAAUUCCUCAGUGCUGCUCCACUGACUUCAGCCAUGCAGGUUUGUGCACUAACAUCCACGUUGUUCAGGUUUCAGGCACCUAACUGCUGCUUACAGCAGUGGAAAUAAGGCAUUUAAGCAUCCAGUACUGUAACACCUUAACACUCUGUGCUAAGACCAUAGCUGAGGUAUAUGCUGCCUAUUGCCAGUAUUCAGACUGCACCUCAAAUAUUUGCCCAGCCUAAUAAUUACUAAGCCUCUUGCAGUCCAAUUCUGCAAAAGGUGUAAUGUAUAUAUUUUAAUUUACAGGGGAGAGUUUUUGUAUUUCCAUAUGAUAACAAAGGAAGUUAACAGCAUUUUCAUGUCCUCAACUUAAGCUAUUUGCACAGUAAUCGUGAAAGGAACCCCAAGUAAGGAAGGAUGCUCUUCUAAAGUUCAGCCAGAAAAGACUUGUAUGAACUGUUGUAAAAAUAAAAGGAGAUUUUUUUUUUAA